AUGGAUGAAGUGGAGGGAGCCCACUGGUAUCCUUCGGUGCUACGGGGCGCUAAAAGGAAAGGUGUACAGGACAAUGGAGAGGCUUGCGAUGAGCUAUGGCAGCGAGUGCUGGUCCGAAAUGUCGCCAAGGCUGACGUGAUUAUCAAAGAGAAAGGAGGAUCAACGGAAGUACAGCAACUAAACGGUCUGUUUCAUCGAUUACUCAGUUGCUUAAGUCUACUUGUAAGAGAAUGUCCACAGGAGUGGAGCGAUGGUUGGGCAAAGAAAGCACUUGAGUGGUUGAAGUCUCCAGAAAGUGUUGAAGCUGACGUGAUCAUCAAAGGAAAAGUGUCGGUACUCCCCAAAAGCGGGUUAUGGACACCUGUGGCAGAAAGUGAAUUGGAUCCUCGCUUCUCGUUUUGA